ACAGAAAAAAUAAUGUAUGUAAAUUAGGUCAGAUUACAGCACGGAGAGCGAGUGUGUUGCGUAGAGGGCAAUAAGCUUUGUGUUUCGCUCGCCGUAAACGGACUAAAUACCCCCUCAAUGUAACCAACAGCGAACGGAAAGGAUAGAACUACGCACACGGAGCCAUGAUGGCAAUUUUUAGACACAUCCACGGAGUUUUAGUACUGUUUUUACUAUGCCAAACUUCGGGAGAGAAAGACUCGCUGAAGACGGCUGAUAGUGGCAGUGUCGUCGCCUCUCCAAAGUCUACGGCAAACAGUAUGAGUCCGUCAAGUGCUUGUCAUAAAGUACGAGAAGAGUUUGGGAAAACUUUUCCUGGCCACGCUAGCCUGGUGCCGGCGAAAGUGUCACACGAUGACGACAUGGAAAUUUGCUACAGAGGGAGGCAGCACAAAGGGCAGGAGAGCUGCUGUAAUCGCGCUAUGGAGAGAAAAUACUUGAAGGCGGCUGAAAAAGAUUUGGAAGAAGUUGUCAAAAUUACUAAUUCUUACCUGAAAAAUUUGGUCACAUCCAGUGCAAAACAGUUUCAGGAUCUAUUUCUCAGCAUGAUUGAGAGGGCAGAAAACAGCACAGACCUGCUCUUCAGUAACAUCUACAAACUCCCCCAACAAGAAAGACAACAACCAAUCAGAACUUUCUUUACAGACUUGAAGAACUUCAUCAGGCGAAAACAAAUAAAUAUCCACACUAGCGUGGAGCAGUUCUUCAUAGAUUUGUUCCCAUUGGUAUUUCAUAACAAUCUUAAUGACCCCAACAAGAUGGCAUAUACAGAGGAGUAUAAACGCUGCUUAGUGAGUGCAAAACCACAUGUACACCCGCCAUUUGGGGAAUGGCCGCGCAGGAUAGCGCUUCAGCUAGCACAAGUUUUUGGCUCUACCCGCACAUUCCUAGAAGCUGUGAAUCUUGCAGUUGAGACCGUCAACACGACGGAACAUCUUGUGAUGGAAAACCACUGUCACAAAGCUGUAACAAAACUACGCUAUUGCUCUCAGUGUCGCGGCCACACCGAGGCCAAGCCGUGUUAUAAUUACUGCCUUAACGUUAUGCGGGGCUGUCUUGCAGAAGUCCAAGAACUUAGCACCCCCUGGAAUUCAUUUGUGGAUUCGGUGGAGAAGUAUUCUCAAACCCUGACUGGUUCAUAUUCCAUAGAGACAGUGAUGCAGGGACUGGACAACAAGAUUUCAGAUGCACUCAUGUAUUCCAUGACCAAUGGACUGAAGUUUUAUUCACAGGUGAUUGCCAAAUGUGGUCAUCCUAAGAUGGAUACUAAGAAGCUGCCUGGAGGUCAGAAAGAUGAGGGGUCAGAGGUCACACAUCAUAAGACCAUGGCUGCCAAGGUAAAAUACACAGACCGUCUAUGGCAGUUCACCCAUGACCUGAAGGCUUCCAAGGGAUUUUACACACACUUUGCAGACGCUGUGUGUGAAAAUGAAAACUUUGUGGUGCGCGACAAGUCCAGUCUCCACUGCUGGAAUGGGGAGCACAUGGGAAGAUAUACCAGCAAUGUGACAGAGGUGGGGUUGAUUGCACAGGUCAGGUUUAACCCCGAGAUGACCGUAGUCCAGGGAAGAACUACCACUGUGAUUACACUGAAAGACAAACUGAUGCACAUGGCAAAGCAACUGGAAAGUAGUGCCCAGAAGGAGAGCCGUAUGCAGGCCGACCAGUGGGUGGUCGCCAUACACAACCACUACCCUGACAACUUCCCCGGGAGUGGGGACGGCGCUCUCAAUGAUGACGAGGACUUUGGGCAGGGGUCUGGGUCAGGUUUUGGGGGUGACAAUGAUAAUGAUGGCCAGAGCUCCAAUCCAGAGUGGGACUUUGGUGAUGGAUCAUCAGACAACAGCCAGCACGACUCCAUCAAUAAGAAUAACAAGCCAAAUCCUGGGGCCGCAGAGACCAAAGGCCCCACUGGAGAGAGCUUUGCGCUCCGCGUUACUCUCACCUCCAUUAUUGCAACGACUUUUGCUGCUGUAUUAUGGGUAAAUGGAUGAAAAUGGAGCAGAUGACCCAUAUUUGAUUUUAUAGUAUAUAUACAGAUAAAUAGAUGUGUAUAAAAAAGUGGCACUCUCAUUGUAUGACAUUUUAUUUCAUUAAUGGCUUUGUCUGAUGUCACAGCUACAUGUAAACUUGUACAGUUCAGUCCAUGUGCACACUGUUAAGAAAAUGACCAGAAAGGUGGACAUUAACUGGACAUGAAGUUACCAGCAGUUGUAUCUAUAACUAAGCCCCAAGGCCACGGUUUUACAUGCACAGUCAAGGUGCCUACGAAUGUGAAGGAUUUCUUAUGGAUAACAGCUUAUUAGGCAAAGAAAAAUGGAGGGUUUCAUUUUUCACCUGGAAAGGAUUCUUCGCUGCACAGAAAUUUUGAAGUUAUCCCCUCUGCAAUAUUUCUUAUUUGACAUUGUGGAAGGUAAAACAGGAGGAGUUCGUAACACUGGGAUCAUGGAACUAUUUUUUCGAUGCGGGUGACGAAUGACAAGAGUCCGGGAUUGUUUAUGAAAAGUUUUUUGUGUGAAUGUCAGACCAAGGAGCAGGACUUAUAAUGAUCACAGCAUUUACAAAAUUUUUGUAACAAAAACUAAUCAUAUGAAGAUUUCGGCAGUGUUGUGAAUGGACAUGUUGACAUUUGAGGAAAAGGUACACAUAGAUAUGCCAAAUGAAUACUUUAUAUUUAUAUUCAUAUAUAUUCAUAUAAACUACAAAAUAUGAUAUAUCUUCAACAUACUACAGCAGACAAGAUUUCAG